ACCAUCCAUCCACCAUCUAUCUUUCUUCAUUUCUUCUCUUCGUUUAUUACAUUGAUACUUAGUUCUUGUAAUCAAUUAGUCAAAGCAAUGUUUUUGAGAUCAGUUUCAUCUUUUUCUGUCCAAACCAAGCAAGGGGAUAAUCUAAUCACUUCUCUUAGGGGCUCCUCUUUAUUUUCAUCUUCUAGUUUGAGUUAUGUUUUUCCUUCUUCCUCUGCUCUGAGUUUUCCAAUCAGAAAACAUGGAAGGGCUUUGGGGGUUUCUGCAUCCUUGGAAACCAACAAUUUGGCACUUACAGGUGUAGUGUUUCAGCCAUUUGAAGAGCUCAAGAAGGAGGAACUUGAUAUUCCAGUCGCUCCUCAGGUUUCACUUGCUCGCCAAAAAUAUACAGAUAACUGUGAAGCCGCAAUAAAUGAGCAAAUUAAUGUGGAAUACAACGUGUCCUAUGUGUUCCACUCUUUGUAUGCUUACUUCGACAGAGACAACAUUGCUCUCAAGGGCUUAGCCAAAUUUUUCAAGGAAGCUAGUGAAGAAGAAAGAGAACACGCGGAGAAGCUGAUGGAAUAUCAGAACAAACGUGGAGGAAGAGUAAAACUACACUCUAUUCUGAUGCCCCCUUCAGAGUUUGAACAUGCGGAGAAGGGAGAUGCAUUAUAUGCCCUGGAAUUAGCAUUGUCCUUGGAGAAGUUGACAAACGAGAAGCUAUUGAGCCUGCACAACGUGGCGCAGCAAAACAAUGACGCUCAGAUGGAAGAAUUCAUUGAAAGAGAGUUUUUAUCUGAGCAGGUUGAAGCCAUUAAGAAGAUAGCAGAAUAUGUUGCACAAUUAAGGAUGGUUGGAAAAGGCCAUGGAGUGUGGCACUUUGAUCAAAGUCUCCUUCACGAGGGUGAUGCUGGAUUGUGAAGAUCCAAAUGAUGUAUCUUUUGUUGUUUAGUGCUUCAGAGAUGUUCUACUAUGUGGAGAAGAAUAAACUGUUGUUGUAGCGUAUGUUGUAGUAACCCUUUAGUUUUGCCAUGUUAGAGGGACUUAGAGAACUUUCUUUUUACCCUCAAAAUUAAAGGAGAGCUUUAUUUGUGUACCUCAGUAAGUGGAGGAACAGUGUUGAGUGAUGCAUAAAAAGGCUCCUCUGAACCUUGUGUCUUUGUGGCCCAAAAAAAAAAAAAAAAAGCCUUGUGUCUUGGGCUUGUGAGUGAGAACCGUUUCCGAGUGAGAUUGUAUAAAUAAAUGACAGGAAGGGCAUAAUCUAGCUUGGUUU